AUGCCGUCGGCAACGAGAGAUAAGGACUCAACGACCGUUAAAAUCGCAGUGGAAAUGCUCAAUGCUCCCAACAAGGUACCGCAGUUUAUCGAAUUUGACCAAAGCCAGCCUUUGUCGAGUAUUAUUCAGCUCCUUUGCAAGCCUUGGGGCCUCCCUGAUCCUGAAAACUACGCUCUACAAUUCUCUGAGAGUAACAAUCAAAAUUAUAUUACAGAAAAGAAUAGAAAUGAAAUUAAAAACGGCUCAGUUUUGCGUCUUGAGUUGUCGCCUGCGAAAACUGUUCAAGAUAUUUUGAACAAGAUAAACAAUGGCACUCCCGCGGAACAAAGCCUUGCAUUGACAAAAUUGUCUCACUUAAGCAGUGAUCUCACAUUUGCGGAAGAGUUUUUUAACAAAAAAGGUUUAACUUUAAUUAUUAACAAUAUACAACAUGGCAAAUUUAAGGACGAAUCACUGAAAUAUGCUCUUAUAACUUUUGUUGAACUCAUGGAUCAUGGUAUUAUAUUCUGGGAUAUACUGGAAAAUCAAUUUAUCAACAAGAUUGCUAGUUUUGUAAAUAAUCAAUCUGUCACCCAAGACCCGAAAGUAAUACAGUGCUGUUUAUCUAUACUAGAAAAUAUAGUACUUAAUAGUUCAAAAAAUUCACAUGUGGAAAAAGAAGUAACAAUUACGAACUUGAUACAACAUCUGCAAAACCCUAAACAAGAUUGUAUGUUUCAACAAAAUGUGAUAGCUCUAAUUAAUGCUAUAUUUUCUAAAGCAGAUAUGACUAGGCGUAACACUAUUGCUAGUACCCUAUCUUCAAAGCAAGCCCGAAAUAUUAUUUACGAAAACCUCAUUGGCGCCAGUGAGUGUUCCAAAAAUGCUACCAAGGAAUCUCUUGGCACAGAGCUGGCUCAUCAACUUUACAUCCUACAAACUCUCAUGCUUGGCCUACUUGAACCAAAAAUGAGACAAAGAGCUGAUGCUCAGGAACAAGAAUCACAGGAGAAAAUUAAUGAACUCCGAAAAAUAGCAUUUGAAACUGAUCACAACCCAAAUAUGGAGGUUACAAUGAGGCGUCCUCUCGGUGGCACCUUUUCUAAAAGUGACUUCAAAAAGCUUGGUUUCAAAUGUGAGAUUGACCCGAUGAAAGACUUUAAUGAAGUACCUCCUGGGGUCUUAGCUCUUGACUGCAUGCUGUACUUUGCAAGAAAUUAUUCAGAAGAUUAUACAAAAAUAGUUUUAGAGAACAGCUGCAGAGCAGAUGAACAUGAAUGUCCAUUUGGUAAGACAAGUGUGGAACUCGUAAAAUUACUAUGUGAUAUUUUGCACAUUGGGGAACCUCCUAGUGAACAAGGACAGUCAUACCAUCCUUUACUCUUCACACAUGACAGGCCUUUUGAAGAGCUGUUCUGUAUUUGCAUAGUAUUAUUAAAUAAAACUUGGAAAGAGAUGAGAGCUACCACAGAGGACUUUAUCAAAGUCUCCAGUGUUGUUAGAGAGCAAAUAAGCAGAGCAUUAUCAAUCUCUCCAAAAGCAUUUGACAAGUUUAAAAAUAGGAUUGACCAGUUAUCGUAUGCAGAAAUAACCCAGUUAUGGCAACAAGAGAGAAAUAACAGGGAAGUUUGGGAAUCACAUGCCCGACCUAUUGUUGAAUUAAAAGAGAAAAUUACACCAGAAAUUAUUGAUCUCAUCCAACAGCAACGGUUAGGUGUCUUAGUUGGAGGGACAAGGUUUAAAAAAUACUCAUUGAGAGGUCAACGAAUAAAGGACAAAUUUUGGUUUGUACGACUGUCACCAAAUCAGAAAGUACUUCAUUACGGGGACUGUGACGAAAAGAGCACACCCAGCUUAGAGGACCUCAGCAACAAACUGGCUGUGGCUGAUAUAAAGUGCGUUAUAACAGGUAAAGACUGCCCUCACAUGAAAGACCUAAGAGGACGGAAGACUACGCCACACUUAGCCUUCUCUCUGAUCCCCAAGUCUUCCGAAAUACCGUCUCUGGACUUCGUCGCGCCAGAUGAACAAAUAUUCGAUUACUGGACGGAUGGUGUCAACGCUUUGUUAAAAGAAAAAAUGUCUAGCAAAUCUUUCGAGAAUGAUUUACAAACUUUAUUGUCAAUGGAUAUUAAAGUGAGGUUACUGGAUGCAGAAGGUAUUGACAUUCCCAAAGAUCCGCCUCAAAUUCCCGAUGAGCCAGCAGAUUAUGAUUUUUACUAUGAUAAUAACUAG